AUGGUCCGAUUUGGUAUUUUGCUCACUGUGUGCUCAUUCUUCAUAGUGAACGCUGAACAAGAACAAUAUGACGUCUACUGGAAUUCAUCAAAUCCCUUAUUCGAACCGUUUGACAAUGCUAUCGACUCGCCUGGUUACUAUGAAUUGCCCGCUCGACCACUUGACAUCAUCAAUUUUCACUGUCCUCGAAGAAAGGCAAAAGAAUACAGUCUUAUACACAAAAUAGAGCGCCGAGACCCAAUACUCGGCAUAGAUGUGGACCUGCAAGAAUUGAUGCAGAAUCGCUUCUAUCUAGCCGAGGAGAAUGGUGAGCUGAACUGGAAGAAGAACGUGUUACCUGAUGUCGAGUUCGACUGGAAGAGCUAUCUGCAAAACCACAAUCGAAAGCUGAAAUUCGACAAAUCGAUUCAAAUCGAACCAAUACCUCUUGACGACAAUUUCAUCAGCCGAUGGAAGCAAUUGAGAAAUCAGCGUGAGCAAAACGAGCUCGGGUUUCUCAGUCAAAAUGAAGAGAUGGUCGAAAAAUCCAAAUCUGUCGGUAAGUCACUUCGAUUCUUGAAAGUUGCGGAAUCUACAAACACGUGA